AUGUGGUGGCCGUGCUGGUUUCGAGUGGCCGUCGCCCUCCUCCUGCUGAUGUGCUGCUGCGGCCGGUAUCCACCGUCGUCGCGGUGGCCGUCCGCCGGUCGGGCAGACGCCUCGGCCGUCCGGUCCGGAGGAGGUGGCGGCGGCGGCGGUGGCGGUGGUGAAAAGGACCGCGGUGGCGCCGGCGGCGGCGGUGCGGUCGGCGGUGGCCGGUGGAAGCACAAGGGCGUAGGCGUCGGACUCGGCGGUAGUGGCCGCUCGUCGCACCGCCGGCCGAACGCGGGCGACAGACGGCCUGAGAUGGCCUUGAACGUGGGCAUGCUCAUGCCGAAGACCAGUUUUGGGGUUCGAGGUUACCUGCGCGCCAUACACGACGCCAUCCAGGGCAUCAACAAGGCGUACAAGAAGAACCAUUCGACCAACUUCAGCAAGAUCUACGACUUCGAGGAACGGAAUGUCAGGUCCCAGAUGAUGUCCCUCACUCCCAGUCCCACAGGUCGGUACGAUUCAAUAGUGUUAUGA